AUGUCAAGUAAUACUACCGAUACAAGUUCAAAUAAAAACGCAAUGUAUUCUUCAGCUCUAAAUUAUUCAAUAGGUCCAGCUAUCCUAUUCGUUAUUUUAUUUGCAAUCAGUUUUGUUUUAUUGCUAGCUAUUUUGAUUUCCAAAUAUAAAUCAUUAAAAAAUAUGACAAGGAACAAUCAAGAAGUGUGCAAUGAUGAGGCUCCCUACUGCAAAACUACUACAAAUGGCUAUUCUGACGUUCUCAACAAAAGUAUUAGUACUCCACUAUUUAAGAAAGCUGCAAAAUUUAUCCUACUACAAUGGCCUAUUAUUCUUGGUUGUGGUUUAGAAUUUGGCUCUUUUGUAAGUAGAAUAGUUUGGAUUAAAAAUGAGGAUAACAUCCCAGCCUUCAUUGUCCAAAUUAUUUUCGGUUUAGUCGGACCAGGUAUGUUUGCUUCUUCGAUUCAUUUAAGUUUUACUCGUAUGGUUGAGAUUUUAGAUUGUUACGAAGUAGUAUUGAAAGGGUUACCAUCUUUUUGCGCACGCUGGAUCAAUAGAGAUGAUGGCAUUAGAAUAUUUAUUCUCAGCCAGCAAAUUAGUAAUAUAUUAUUAGCGGUUGGUGGUGGUAUUUCAUCUAACCAGGACAAUGUUGUACAAGGUAAAGAUUUAAUAAUUACAGGUUUAUUUUUAUUACUUGCUAUUUUUUCUUUAUUUUUAUACACGCUAUUGCAUUUUAAACUAAAUUAUGAACCAAUUGUUCAAUCCACUACAAACUCUUUUAUUCGUGAAAUUAUUAAUUACAGUAUUAUUGGAAUGGGCACCUCUGCUAUUUUGAUUAUGAUCAGAUCUAUUAUUAGAAUUGUAGAAUUUUUUAUGGGUGCCAAUGGUUACAUUCUUAGACAUCAAUGGUUUUUAUACGUUUUUGAUUCUACGUUGAUGUUUUUAAUUGUUGUAAUCUUUAUCAUUACGUUAUUUUUCAAAUACAAUGUUAUCAAUCUACUCCUUGAAUAUAAAAGCUUUAAUAAAGAAAAUGAUAUAACCAAUGAGGUUAGGGAUGACACCGCUACCUAUUCAGAUGAAAGUGAAAGUAAAAUGCAGGGGUAA